UUCAACGCGAGAGCGAGCGUGAAAAAGCAGAAUGUCAUCGUCUUCGUGAUCAGCUUCGCAACAGCACACUAACCACAGACCAUGGCUCCAGAACAUCUCGUGCUGUGGAUGACGGUCUCCUGACUAGGAUUGAGGAAAUAGAGAUAAAACACACACUAGAGGUGAUCAUUUGGUUCAGUGUUGUUCAUGUUAAACUUAACUUGCAUCCACAUAGAUGUCGCAAUUGCGAUCUCAAUUACGAGACCUCGGCGAUCCCCAGCCUCGAUACCUCAAUAUUAAUACCAAUCCCCUCUCCCCUCAGCCAAAUUCCUUUCCUCGCGCAAUGGGUUUUGAUACUCACAUGCGAAUGGGGCAGCCUCGUCCUCUAUACCGUCGUCGGCCGACACCCUGGAUUUUGAUUGUCUUCUCGCUGAUUAUUUUCUGCAGUAUCAUCGAGCUUUCAAUCUCAGCCUGGCUCACGUCGCGUUUUACCGCCCACCACAACUACUUCAGUCUAGCUGAACGAGACCGCACUCGUUUUCUAUUGUUCACUUCGGCAUGGACGAUUGUAUUCUCCAGUCUGUUCAUGUGUUUCUUUUAUCUUCCAGGCAGUGUUUUGGAUAGUGUGGUAUCUCAUAUCUUCUUCCUGUUUCUAACAUGGGUUUUCUGGACUGCGGGCGCUACAAGUAUAACUACAGCCCUUAGUGGCGAGCUGAAUCGCAAUACCCCGAGCGUUUUCGCAUAUCCUGUUCAACUUAACGCGCUACAAGGCUUUGCUUGGGUUAUUGAGGCUCUGGUAACUCUCGCAUUACUAGCUGUGCUCAUUCGUGGCAUUAUCGCAACCCGUCGGGGUUAUGGAAUACGUGGGUCUCUGAUUACUUGAGCGGGCUGUUGUCCCCCACUUCGUGUUCCUCCAUCUACGUCAUGCAUUGUCAUGAUCUUGCGGUUGUAAUGACAACGCAUGACUGGUAUUGUAUAUAGCUGAUAUAUAACGCCCUCCAUUCCUUCCCCGCGUGAUCCAGUAGCCCCGUCAGGCCUAGUUACCAUGUUAUAUCUUUGGUGUUAUGCACGAGCGAUACAAAUUAUGUUUUUGUAGCAAGCAAAAUGAUCAAUUUGUUUUCACAGAUCAAA